ACCCUUCAAAUACAGGGAUAGUUUCAUUCCCUUCAUUUCAGCCAUAUCGUGAAAUAAAAUCACCCGCUGUAUCUUUAAGGUCGCGAAAUAAAAUGACAGGCCCGGUGUCUAAUCAGAAGACACAACCUAGGUAAGGCAGCGACCAAUCGCAGACAGCGGAGGGGAGGGAUGCGCAUCAGCCGUUUGAUGUGUGGUGUUGACACUAGAUGGGCACUGAAGAAAAAAAUUGCGUAUUUUUAAUUUAAGAAAUCGAAUUGACGUUUUCCGAUGCCGGAAUCCAAUACCUCUUCGGCUUUUAAACAUCCAGAAAACAUAACCCCCUCUAAUGAAAUCCAGGCGGGCAUUAAACAUGAAGAUGAUUCAACGACAGAAUCCUCAGACUUUCAGUAUCAGGGCUUUGCUCUGAAGGACUCGUCGGAGUCUGAUGAGGAGCUGGGGGACAGCAGACUGACCCGGAGGAAGGCAGGCGAGCUUCUGGCCUUCCUGCAGCAGGAAGAGGCCCCAACUGCGUCGGAGCAAGACUUCUACCGCGGGCUGCAGGUCCUGAAGGAGGCGCACAGACAGAGGCUGCUGGAGACAGGCCGACUCUACCAGCAGCACCUGUUGCAGGACUCCCUGGUCUCCUCAGGCAAUGAGAGGAAGACGGAACAGAGGGCAGACGUCGAAGACUUCUUCCAUCCCAGCGAGAGGCGAACUAUCCAGUCCACUUCUGGCAAAACAUCUUCUUUCAGGGAGGGAGGCCUGAGGAGAUCUUGCUCCCUUAGUGACCUCAGGUCCCAGGAAGCUGGAGGCUCCAGAGUCUCUCCUCAAACUAAAGGCUCCCAAAGGCCUGUCAGCACCUCUGCAGCCGGGGUUCGGAGUUUGACCGUUCCCCAGCCCUUCAACAUGACCCUCAGGGACGCCCAGAGGAGAUCCCAGCUGCUCCGAUCCAGAGUGUCGCAGGACCUGGAGAAGAGGCUGGCGGAGAGGAGGGAGGCAGAGGAAGCCGAGUGUCAGAAGCAGUUCCGUGCGGCGCCCGUCCCUGCUCACGUCUUCCUGCCCCUGUACCAGGACAUCACCGAGGCCCACGAGCGGCUGAGGAAGGCCGGCCUGCAGCAGAGGAAGGACUUCCUGCUGUCCAUGCAGAGACCCUUCAGCUUCUUGCAAAGGGAGGAGAAAAAGAAGGAGGAGAUGAAACAGCAGCUGCAGGCCAGCAGCCCGGCCUCACAGAAGGACGACAAGAAACCAGCAGCAAAGAAGACUAUCCCUAAGGCCGUCCAGGACCCAGGAGUCAGCGAACAUCUGAAAGAGGAAGAACUUUACAGGAAGAUCCGUAUCCAGAUGAGAGCCGCAGACAUGCUGAAAAGCUCCUCGGCGCCCAUUGAGAUCCAGCCCCAGAGAAAAGACCAGGAGAAGAGCUGUGGGAUACGGACCAGGAGGAAGGCCCUGGGAUUCCUGGAGGAGAAGCCCAGCUUCCAGCCCCGCACCAACGCCCAGGCUCCUGACUUCGACAGGCUGUACAUGGCCUUCCAGAGGAAGGCCUUGAAAACGGCAGAAAAGAAAGAUGUAACAAGGUGUCAGCCCUUCCAGUUACGUACCUCCAACCUGCCCCCAAGGCACAGCAGGAAGUCCCUGGAGCCCACACAGGAACAGGGGCCUGAGAGAGAGGCACAUGUCAGGAGGCGUCAGUCUUUUAGCGGCAUUCUGUCGCUUUCAGCAGAUACUCUUCCCACCUACAUCACAGACGCAGAGAGGAGGCGUCACGCCGCCAUCAGAAACUCUUUGGAAGAGAAGAAGAACAGAGAGAAGGAGAACACAGAGUGGAUGAAGCAGCACAGGCUGAAAUCUCAAGCACUGAAGAAAACUGUGGCUACGCGGGCCAGAUCCAUGGACCCACACAAGUCUCUAAAAGAGGUCUACAGGGAAAAGUUAAAGCAACACAGGCAGACUGACCAGCAGAGGAUGAGGGAGUACAGGAAGGAGCUGCAGGAGAUGAAGACUCGCGUUCAGGUUCGCCCCUACCUGUUCGAACAGGUGACACAGAAAAAUGCAAAGUCAGAGGCAGAACGACGAUACAGAGACACGCUGCAGGAGGUCGGUCUGAACGAGCAAUUUGUGAGAAGUAAAGGGGAGAAAGCAGGGGAAACACCCCCCUUUUUAUCUGAUGAGGAGGAUGCCGAAAGCAGUACUCAUGACACCCAUCGCAGGACAGAGAGUGUGAGAAGUUCAGCGGAAAACCAAGCAGUAGAAGAGGAGGAAAAUGCGGAGACCAAGUAAACCAAAGAGGAAGAAACGUGAUGACUAUAAUGAGUAGUUUGUACAUUUCCCAGCUGUGCAGAUCUGCACUUGUAUUCACCAACAGUAUGUAUAGAUUCAAGUUAUAGACAAAAACCUCUUCUGAAUUAAACAACCCUCUGAUUUUAUUUUUCCAUCAGUUCUAAAGGUGCUAAAUAUGCCUUUUAAAGAUAAGAAUGAUAGAAUAUGGUCAUUCACAUGGGUCAGCAUGGUAAGACGAGUUACAACUUGUUGAAUGUUUAAUAAUAUAUUUUUUAAUAAGUGAUCACAAGUAUUUGGUUGUGUUUGGUUUAUCUUCUGUGUAUGCAAGUUUAAUAUUAAAUAUUUUAUAAUAUUAAUAAUAGGAAUUAAUAAAAUUCACAUUCUAAUACUGAAA